GUGGGCGGUGAGAGGAAGUGGCGGCGGCGGCGGCGGCGGCGGCGGCCGGAGGCGGCGAGUGCUGGGUCCGCGCGGGCGGUAGGCAACGGCUGAGGCGGCGGCGGCGGCGGCGGCGUGGGCUGGGCUCGAGCGGGCGGCGGCAUCUCAGACUCCCGGCGCGGGAGCCCACGCGGGCGGGCGCCUGAAACAAAGAGAAGCGAGAGUCAGGGCGCCGCGGGUGCGCGGUCAGUCGGUCAGCGCAGAGCCGGCCAGCGGGUGCCCGCGGAAGCCCGGAGCCCGGCCGGCCGGCGCAGCCUCAGGGCGGGAAGAUGCCGCGCGUCGUGCCCGACCAGAGAAGCAAGUUCGAGAACGAGGAGUUCUUCAGGAAGCUGAGCCGCGAAUGUGAGAUUAAGUACACGGGCUUCAGGGACCGGCCCCACGAGGAGCGCCAGGCGCGCUUCCAGAACGCCUGCCGCGACGGCCGCUCGGAAAUCGCUUUUGUGGCCACAGGAACCAAUCUGUCUCUCCAGUUUUUUCCGGCCAGCUGGCAGGGAGAACAGCGACAAACACCUAGCCGAGAGUAUGUCGACUUAGAAAGAGAAGCAGGCAAGGUAUAUUUGAAGGCUCCCAUGAUUCUGAAUGGAGUCUGUGUUAUCUGGAAAGGUUGGAUUGAUCUCCAGAGACUGGAUGGUAUGGGCUGCCUGGAGUUUGAUGAGGAGCGAGCCCAGCAGCUGCUGCAGGGCUGUCUCCUGCCUGCUGCCCAGCAGGGCCUCGACCAGAUCUGGCUGCUCCUUGCCAUCUGCCUCGCCUGCCGCCUCCUCGGGAGGCUUGGGUUGCCAUCCUACCUGAAGCAUGCAAGCACCGUGGCAGGUGGGUUCUUCAGCCUCUACCACUUCUUCCAGCUGCACAUGGUUUGGGUCAUGCUGCUCUGCCUUCUGUGCUACCUCGUGCUGUUCCUCUGCCGACAUUCCUCCCAUCGUGGCAUCUUCCUCUCCGUCACCAUCCUCAUCUACCUACUCAUGGGUGAGAUGCACAUGGUGGACACUGUGACGUGGCACAAGAUGCGAGGGGCCCAGAUGAUUGUGGCCAUGAAGGCAGUGUCUCUGGGCUUCGAUCUGGACCGGGGCGAGGUGGGUGUGGUGCCCUCGCCCGUGGAGUUCAUGGGCUACCUCUUCUUUGUGGGCACCAUCGUCUUUGGGCCCUGGAUAUCCUUCCACAGCUACCUACAGGCUGUCCGAGGCCUCCCGCUGAGCCGUCAGUGGCUGCAGAAAGUGGCCCAGAGCCUGGUGCUGGCCCUGCUGUGCCUUGUGCUGUCCACCUGUGUGGGCCCCUACCUCUUCCCCUACGUCAUCCCCCUUGAUGACGACCGCCUCCUUCACAAGUGGCUGCGAGCCUACGAGAGUGCUGUCUCCUUCCACUUCAGCAACUAUUUUGUGGGCUUUCUAUCUGAGGCCACAGCCACGUUGGCGGGGGCUGGCUUCACCGAGGAGAAGGAUCACCUGGAAUGGGACCUGACGGUCUCUAAGCCACUGAAUGUGGAGCUGCCCCGGUCCAUGGUGGAAGUUGUCACAAGCUGGAACCUGCCCAUGUCUUGUUGGCUAAAUAACUAUGUUUUCAAGAAUGCUCUCCACCUGGGGACCUUUUCAGCCGUGCUGGUCACCUAUGCAACCAGCGCCCUCCUGCACGGCUUUAGCUUCCACCUGGCUGCGGUGCUGCUGUCCCUGGCAUUUAUCACUUAUGUGGAGCACGUCCUCCGAAAGCGCCUGGCUCGGAUCCUCAGUGCCUGUGUCUUGUCGAAAAGGUGCCCACCAGACUGUUCACACCAGCAUCGUUUGGGCCUAGGGGUGCGAGCCUUAAACCUGCUCUUUGGGGCCCUGGCCAUCUUCCACCUGGCCUACCUGGGCUCCCUGUUUGACGUUGAUGUGGACGAUACCACAGAGGAGCAGGGCUACAGCAUGGCAUACACUGUCCACAAGUGGUCAGAGCUCAGCUGGGCCAGUCACUGGGUCACUUUUGGGUGCUGGAUCUUCUACCAUCUCAUAGGCUGAGGCACGUCUGUGGACCCUCACAGCUCCCUCAAGAACCCUCCUCUGGGCGCCAACUCUGAUGGGGGAUGAGGGAAGGCCCUUUCUCUAAUUUUUGACCCUCUUUUUUGACCCUCUCUCCAUUCUUGACCCCCCCCCAAGUACCCCUGCACACACACACACACACACACACACACACUUCCAUCCAUGGACCUCCCUGCCUUCCUUGUCUCUUUUUAUAUAUAGUUUGUUGUUAUCAAAUAAAAUUAGGAAGUAUUUUUUAGAAACAGUAAGUAUAGAAAGUGUCAUGUUCUCAUAAUAUUGAUGAAUUCUGAAGAGAUUGAGACCCAGAUUUUGGUCCUGGUUUGGGGAAAGUUUUUCCUUCAGUGGUUCUGAAUUGCACUGGAUUACCACUGUGUGCUUAGUGGGGCACUUCAAAGUGUAGUAGAUGGUUCUGUUUAAUAUUUGUUCUGGAUCCUUAGCACAUUCUGAGGGGGGAAAAAAAAACCCAGUUUAAAAUAAAAUGUAGGAGCAGCACUUUUGAAAUGGCUGAGUGAGGAGCUUGGCAGAUUCUCUCUCCAAAAAGCAGUGAUUAAACUUAACAAAAUUGUAAACAAACAAACAAAGACCCAUUUAAGGUCUCUGGAAAUUAACCAAAGGACAUAUAUUGAGAGGCAUUUAUUCAAACGAAGCUAGUGAAUUUCAGUAAGAACAGUCAUAGUCUGGCCUUUUAGUUGGGAGCUGCUCCCAUCUCCCUUAGCUCUGUGGUUCCUCAAGUUCUACCCUGGGCAGGCAGGACAAGCCAUGAGGACUGGCAGCUCUGCUGUCCUGUCAGAGGGAGCUGACUUUAUUUAGAGCAGCACUUGGAAAAAUACAUGUCCAGGGCUGUUGUUGAAAACAAUAGCAGUCUCUGUGGCAAACAGUUGGAGAAAGCUAAUGUUUCAGGAAGCAACAAAAUGGCAGACUAGCCAGAAAUUUAUCAGGGAAAUCUAGGGAAAGAGAUAGCUGAAGUAAGCCUUAUUGAGAUCACACUUAACCUCUCAUGGUCCAAAAGGCUGUGUACGUGUGCAAGGCUACACCUGUUCAGGAGAGGACAGAGAGAGCCCUUGAAAGCUACUAGUCCCUGGCUGAAUACAGGGUAGACUGAUAAACUCCCUGCACUUUGAAAGUAAGCCACACACAGAUUCCAUGGCAAAGGAUUAGAAGCCUUCUGACUCAAGGUGUUUAAGCAAAACCUCUGACCAAUCAUUGGCUGACCAUUAGGUUAUGCUGACCCAGGGGCAACCCCCUAGAAAGCAAGGCUUAAAAAGAAAAAAAACUAAGCAGUGACAUCAGAGGCUGCACACUGCUGGGGAAACAGACUCCACACAACUAGGCAAGUCACUAAGUAGACAAACAAAAAACAGCAACAACAAGCUGGAGGCAGGGGUCAGAAUUCAGAGUUGCUACAGUAUAUUAUCUAAAAUAUCCAAUUUUUAACAGGAAAUUACAAGACAUGCAAAUAAGCACAAAAGUGUGACUGAUACUCAGGGGAAAAAGCAGGCAGUAGAUACUCUGAGGGAGUUCAGAUGAUGGUUCUUAGUGACAAAAGACUUAAAAGCAAUUCUUUUUCAGUAUGUUCAGAGAACUAAAGGAAAAUUUCUUCCUUUAAAGAAUUGAAGGACAAUUAUGCCAGUGACUCAUCAAAGACAGAAUAUUAAUAAAGAGAUCUAAAUUUUUAAAAAGAAUCAAGUAGAAAUUCUAGGAUUGAAAAGUACGAUAACUGAAAUGAAAAAUUCACAGACUCAACAGAUUUAAGCUGGCAGAAGAAUUAGUGAACUUGAACAUAGAUUAAUAGAGAUUAUCCAGUCUCAAGAACAGAAAGAAGAAAGAACAAAGAAAAAUGAACAGUAUCAGAGAUUGUAGGACACCAGCACGCAGACCAACAUAUAUGUAAUGAAAGUCCCAGGCGGUAAGGAGAGAAAGAAAGGGGCAGAAAAUAUAUUUUAAGAAAUAAUGGCUGAAAACUUCUAAAUUUGACGAAAAAUAUUCAUCUCCAUAUCCAAGAAGUUUAAUGAACUCCAAGUAGGGUAAGCAGAAAGAAAUCCACAACUAGGUACAUCAUAGCCAAACUGUUGAAAAACAAAGAGAAUCUUAAAAGCAGCAAGAAAAAGGCCUCAUUACAUACAAGGGAGCCACAAUAAGAUUAAGAGCUGACUUGUCUUUUGAAAUUAUGGAGGCCAGAAGAUAGUGUGAUGACAUAUUCAAAAUGCUGAAAGAACAUGUCAGAGUAUCUGAUUAUUAGCGGUGUUAAUUUUUUUAGUUGUUUAAUAUUAAUCCUCUUAAUAAAGUUAAAAUAAUGGCAAGAAUAAAAAGGAGCUCUCUUUUUGUUAUUUCUGUUAUUCCCAUUUUGUUCUCCAUAUACAGAAAUGUAGGAAUUGUCUUCUUAAGAGAUCAAAAAAUUAAACCUUCCAAGUAAAAAAUUCAGGCUCAAAGUUAAAAUUCUUAAGAAAGAAUCUCUGCUACCUUAAUUUCCACAGGGAUAAGGAAUACCUAAUUCCUUCAGAAAAAUAGUAAAUAAUUGGCAGUUUAGAAGGCUGUUUCUGUAAGAAGUGAUACAGCAGAUUGAAUUUAUGUAAGGGUGAAUUUCAGAUUAAGUUGACUUCUAAAACUGAAAUAUUUUAUUAAAGUGAUAGGUAAAAAUUUAAAGUUUAGCCCACAGUAUUUUCCAUACUGAGAAUUUCCCAGGCUUUGUUGCCCUGGUCCACAAAUUGGGCUUUAUCACUAUAAAGUAAGUACCAUCUGUUGUCAUAGUAAACUAAUAUAAUAAUAGGUCUUACAUAAUAUAAAAAUUUUAAAGCAGGGGAUACCAACCAUUCAGUCAACAGUCAGCACUUCUCUGGAGCUUUCUCCAUCCCCCAGUCUUCUGAAAGAUAGUAAAUGUAAAGAGGCAAUGAAGUAUAGAAGUUAGGAGUAGGCACUUCAUGGUCAUGUAAUUGUGAUUCCUGCCCCCACCACUUACCAGCUAUUGUGGAUGGCAUGUUUGUGUUCCCCCAAAAUUCAUAUUUUGAAGCCCCAACUUCCAAUAUGACUGUAUUUGGAGAUAGGACCUUUAUGGGGUCUGUUAAGGUUAAAUGAGUCCUAAGAGUGGGGCCCUGAUAUGGUAGAAUUAGUGUCCUGAUAAGACAUGCACAAGGGAGCUAAGCUUGCUCAAUCUCUUUCUCUGCCAUGUGAGAACAAAAUUCUCCAGUAGAUGCUCAGGUACCGGGUAGGCUAAGAGAUAAACGGAGGAUAGUCACAAUUACUUUUUUAAAAAUUAAGUUGUGUAAGUAUUUCAACUGAAAUAUUUUCACAGGUAUUGUCUUUUUGCCUUUGUUCAGAGUACCUUUGACAAACGUUGGCAAGGAUGCGGAACAACAGUUGGUGUGGUGUUUGAUUACAUAAAGUUGACACAACAUUUGGCAAUAAAUACUAAAACUGCACAUGUGUAUACCUAUGAUCCAGCAGUUCUGUCCUGAGGCAUGGUAUGCAAUGGGAAUGAAUACAUAUAUUCAUCAAAAGAUAGGUACUAGGACAUUGUAGCGGCAUUAUUGGUUAAUAUCCAGAAACUAUAAACUGCCCAAAUGCCCACUAACAGUCAAAUGGAUAAAUUGCAUGUUCAUACAGAGAAAUACAAUGAAAAUGAAAAACUACAACUAGCAUACCAAUAUGGGUGAAUUUCACAAAUCCAUUGAGUGUAUUAAAAAAGCACAUGCUAUAUGAAUCCAUUUAUAUAAAAGUACAAAAAUAGGUAAAACUAAUAAUACAUGUUGUUAAAAGGAAGGAUAGUGGUUUAUCCUUGGGAGAGGAGGGUAGUUCCUGGAAUGGAGGAGAAGACGACCUCUGAGAUGCUGGUGCUGUUCUGUCUCUUCAUAUGGCUUUUAGUUCAGUUUCUGAAGAUUCGUCAAGCUAUCUUUUAGGACAGUGCUGUCCAGUAGAAUUCAAAUGUGAGCCACAUUAUGUAAAUUAAAAUUUUUUAAAAGCCACAUUUAAAAAGGUUUGAAAAUUAUUAAUUUUUACAUUUUAUUUAUCCCAGUAUAUCCAAAAUAUUAUCAUUUGAACAUAAAAUCAAUAUAAAUAUUUAUUGGGAUAUUUACCUGUUUUGGUAACAAGUAUUUGAAAUCUAGCGUGUAUUUUCCACUUACAGACUCAAAUUAGCAACAUUUCAAGUAUGCAGUAGUCACACGUGGCUAGUGGCUACAGUACUGGACAACACAGCCUUAAGAUAUGUGUACUUUUUUGUAUGUGUAAAUAGUUCAAUAAAAUGUUUUAAAAGUUUCCCACAAAUGAAGAUAUUUCUGAGUAUAAUUGUAUAAACUCAAAAUUGAAUCAUGUUUGCUGAUUGU